UAAAGACUUCCUUAGCACACACUCGGAGACAGUCGGCGUAAAUCGUCAUGCAAGGUUUUCUGCACCGCUUCAAUCGAUACGCCUAAAUCAUCACAGAAUAUGAGAAUAGUGUUAUUACAAUUUAAUUCGUGAAUAGUGUCUCCGUAUCCUAAUAUUUAUAAACUAGUAAUGAAAUUAGUUAAGUGAUAUUUCCAUUAAAAUCGAAUUAGAUUCAGAAUACGCGGAAACAUAUACGACCACGAGACUCUGACAGCUCCCAGUCGGCGAAAUAUUUCUGCCACGAUAGGAACUAUAUUUUUAGAGAAGUUUUUAUGAAGUGCACAAAAUAUAAAUUGCAUUUAUAGAAAGGACAUCAUGUGCGGAAUUUGGGCAACGUUUGGAGUUGAAGGCGGCUUGACCGCGACGUGUCUCAAAUGUUUUACCGCGAUCAACCAUCGAGGACCAGACGCAUGGCGCAUUGAACAAGACGCGAGGGAGCCUCUCGCCAUACUGGGCUUCCAGAGGCUGGCCAUCGUGGACGGGCUACACGGCAUGCAACCCAUGCGGCUACAUCGCUAUCCUCGCAUCACUCUCAUCUGCAACGGCGAAAUCUACAACUUUAAUAGAUUACGCGAACAAUACCACUAUCCAUAUGAAACUAACUGCGAUGUAGAAGCCAUCAUUCACAACUAUGAGAAUUUUGGAAUCGCCGACGCUGUAAAACGACUCGAUGGAGUUUUUGCUUUUUGUCUAGUUGACGGCGAGAAGAGAAAAGUUUAUAUCGCAAGAGAUCCAUACGGUGUAAGACCUCUGUUUAAACUACAAGAUGACGAAAAAGGAAUCAUGGCAAUCUGUUCGGAAGCUAAAGGUCUUAUUGGAAUUAAACAGAAAGCGGGCGAAAAAUCUACUUUGGGACAGUUCCCACCUGGCCAUUUCGAGGAAUGGGACAUUUUAGAAGAUGGAAAAGUAAAACAUAAUCAUACGGAGCAAUAUUUCAAACCAGGGAUGCCGCCGCGAUUCAUCCCAUUUGUGUCAGAAAAUGAACUUUCCAAAUUCAAUGUGUACGAGAAAACUGCCCAUCUAUUGGAGGCAGCUUGCAAAAAGAGACUAAUGUCGGAUAGACGUAUUGGCUGCCUUCUUAGUGGAGGACUAGACUCUUCACUUAUUACCGCUUUAGUUGUGAAGCUAGCUAAGGUACAUAAAUUGCCAUAUAAAAUACAAACGUUUGCAAUCGGAAUGGGAGAUUCGCCUGAUCUGAUUGCCGCUCGCACGGUCGCCGACUACCUCGGGACAGAACACCAUGAAGUCAAAUUUGACGAAAAUGAUGUUAGAGAAGCGUUAGACAACGUAAUUUAUCAUUUAGAAUCGUUUGACAUUACAACAAUACGUGCGAGUUUGCCGAUGUAUCUUCUCUCGAAAUAUAUAAAGGAGAACACCGAUACCACUGUUGUGUUCAGUGGGGAGGGUGCCGAUGAGUUAGCGCAAGGCUAUAUUUAUUUCCGAGAUGCUCCAAACGAAACAGCUGCACACGAGGAAAGCAUAAGAUUGCUUUCAGAUAUUUACUUGUACGAUGGAUUAAGAGCAGAUCGAACGACUAGUGCGUUUAGUUUAGAACUUAGAGUACCAUUUUUAGACAUUCAAUUUACAAGCCACUAUCUAAGUAUAGAACCUACCUUCCGCCAACCUCAGAACGGAGUCGAAAAGCAUUUGCUGCGGAAAAGUUUCGCCAAAAGUGGUCUAUUGCCAGAUUCGAUUUUAUACAGACAUAAAGAGGCAUUCAGCGAUGGUGUAGCUUCAGUAAAAAAAUCAUUAUUUACAAUAAUAGAAGAAGUGAUUAAAGAAAGGUUGCCUGAAAACAACUUACGUUUCCCUGGACUGCAACCGAGUACUGCCGAGUCUAAAUAUUACCGGUACGUGUUUGAGAAAUCCUUCCCUGGCCAGUAUAACUUCACUCCAUACUACUGGAUGCCAAAAUGGGUGCAAGUCUCCGACCCCUCAGCCAGAUUUAUCAAACAUUACGCUGCUUCAUAAAUUUAUUUUAAUAACAAAAUUGUGUGUAUUUUCUCCGAUGAUAAUUUAGUAUUUAUUUGUAAAAUUGUCUUUAAAUAACACGUUAAAAUAAGACGAAAAUAAAAAUAUUUUAUAUU